AUGAAGUUUUCAGCGGUUUUGCAAGAUACAACUUCAGCUGAUACUUUUAUCAGGUAUCUUAAUGCUGCCUCGCGUCUCGGUAAAAAACGGUGUUGUUUGAAAAUCCAAACAGAAGGAAUAUCUUUUGUCAGCUGCGCGAAUUUGCAUGAUGGUGGUUGUUGGUUUUGUCUAUAUAUACCAUGUAGUAGCCAAAUAUUUCGAAGAUUUGAUUUUAUAGGAUUAAAUGCGCGAAUUCCUGAUCAAAAUUUUAUUUAUUUGGAGCUCGAUAUCGAUAAUUUGGUGAAAAUAUUGCCUGGCGGUCAUUGCUAUUUGAAAAUAAAACUUUCUAAAAAUCAGGCCGAUGAGCCUGUGUUAGCUGUGGAAGUCAGAGAUCCCGAUUCGGAUAUUGUUACCCAUCAGGUCCCAAUUACCGUAAUACUUUCGCGCUAUUGGUCAGCCUAUGCGAGACCGAGCCAUGGGCAUAAAAAGAUGAGCAUUUUCCUGCCUCAGGCAAAAGUGUUGUGUCGUGUCAUGCAAGCUUAUAAAAAUAUGAAUGCAAAGUGUUUGAAAUUCAUUGCGAGCACAAAUGGCGACCUUCGAAUUUCAUCGACAAUUGAGCAUGGCGAAAUCGAUGCGCUUUUCUCUGAUUUGCCAACUAAUACGGCUGAGACGGACAGCCAAGAAGACAGUUCCACAGUUCAAUUGAUGAUCAAGAGCAUAGUAUCGAUGCUUCAAAGUUUCACAUUUAGCAGGACGCGGGUUAAAAUGAAUAUUAUUUCGAACCGAAUGGCUGAAUUCAAUAUGCACUGUGAUGAUUAUGAUCUCUCAUACAUUGUUGGAAAUGUUAUCGAAUGA